AUGGUGGGCUUCUGGGCCCUGGCCUUCUUAGGCACAGGAUCCGAUGCAACUUUGGUAGGCAAGCGGGCCAUUCAGACACAGCCCAUCGAGAUCAUCGACGGAUCGUCUACAUUGUAUGAUACUUUGACAAGUACAUUUCUCAUCCGAACUGAUGCUACCUACACUGCCACUACCCCCGUUUAUGGACAUGGUGAACCAAACACUACAUUCAACAUUCCCCUCAUGGACUCUCAGGGGCUAUCAUGUGGGACUGUCAUGGUAAAGAGCCAUGUGACUAUAUUAUCGUCGACUGACCGUAUAAUAACUGCGCCUGAGACAACCACUCUGCCUACCGAACAUCCAUGCGACAUAGUAACCGUGAUCGUCAGACUGCAAGGUUACAAGAAAGGUGAUACAAAGGCUCCUCUUUCCCAAGCUCCGGUCUUGGCUUUAUCUCCUUCUGAGACCGAAAGUUCUACCGUUUCUCAAGGUGGCUCUGCCAUUUCUUCAGAUCCUACAGCGUCAUGGACUACAACAACUGGGCAAGGCACUGAUAGCACUGCUGUUAGCAUCAUACAGACUCCUUCCCAGGACGGCUCUACAACUACUUCAGAUCCUGCAGUGCCGUGGACUACAAUAACUUCUCAAGGAACUGGUACUGAUCCUAUGACCAUCACGCAAUCUCCAACUAGACCUGGUGAGACAGGAACGGUUUGGGUCAUGGUCCCCAGGUCUCAAAUGACCUCGGAUUCCCCGAUUGACUAUACCACCAUCACAAGCACCGGCACCGACACCGGUACUUACACCAUCACCGAGGCCCCGUCAGGAUCUGGCUCUGGUACGGUGGUAAUUGUGGUACCGAGCCCAUUAGCUCCAUACGUAACCGUGACAUCCUAUGAUGGCUCGAUUACAGCUGUAGUCACGAGUACAAUAACUCCUAGUGCUCCUGGAGAAACUGGUACUGUUGUUGUCUAUGAUCCAUACGAAUGGGAGACCACCACCUCUUAUGACGAUGCCGCUUCGUCUGACCAUACAACGACUAUGUGGCCUUCUGCGUCUGGUCAUGUAGGUACGGUAGUCAUGUAUAUGGCAUAUAGAUGGGUGACAGUCAGCUCAUAUGACCAAACAAUCACAGCCGCAUCUACAAAGACUAUUUCCCCAGCGUCCCCAAACCAAACAGGUACCGUCGUGGUAUACCAACCAGAUCCAUGGAUCACAGUUACUUCCUAUGGAAGUGUCACGGCAGCAUCAACAAAUACUAUAUAUCCAACUGCUCCAGGCGCAACAGGCAACGUUGUUAUUUAUCAGCCAUACCAGUGGCAAGUCGUCACCUCUUACGAUCCAGGGAUCACAGCCGCAUCCACAACCACUCUAUCACCGUCUCCUGAAGCACAGACAGUCACUGUUAUUGUAUAUGAGCCUUAUAAGUGGGCUACCGUCACGUCUAAUGGAGAGUUUACAUCUGAAUCUACAUCUACUAUAUCUCCAACUGCUCCAGGUGCAACAGGCACUGUUGUUGUGUAUCAGGCUUAUCAGUGGACGACCGUCACUUCCUUUGGAGAAUUUACAGCUGCAUCGACAUCUACCAUAUCUCCAUCUACUCCAGGGGAGACGGGCACCGUAGUAGUCUUCAAAUCGCAGCCAUAUACGACCAUUACGUCGUACGGAGCCGUCUCGACCGAUACCACAUACACCUCGCCUCCUCCUGCUCCUGGCCAGACAGGUAUUGUUUUGGUUUUAAUGCAACAGCCAUAUACGACCGUUACUUCGUACGGAGGCGUUACGGCUGAAUCUACAACCACCAUAGCUCCAUCUACUCCAGGGGAAACGGGCACUGUCGUGGUCUUUGAUCCGCAGUUUUACGUGACUAUCACCAGAUAUGGAAGCGUCACGGCUGCCGCUACAACAACUGAAAGCGAUGAUGGGCCCAUCCCAACUCUUACCGUCGUGGUUGAUCUCCCUCAGCCUUACACUACAGUCACCAGCUAUGGCUCCUUCACCGCAACCACCACUAUAACAUAUCCGCCCUCUGUUGCAGGGCUGGUAGGCACUGUAGAAGUUGAUCUUCCGCAACCUUUUACAACCGUUACGAGCUACAAAGAUGGUCUGACCGCAGCUGAGACUACAACAUACUCAGUCGCUGUGCAAGGACAGUUUGCUACUGUCGAGGUUGAUCUACCUCAGUCCUACACGACAGUCACAAGCUACAUUCCAGGCCUCGCAGGCCCGGCAUCUACAACCUUACUGGCAGCUAAUCCAGGCGAUGUGAUGACUGUAGUCCUUGGUCUUCCUCAGCCCUAUACAACUAUCACGACCUAUGUCGACAGUCUGACUGCACCUUUGACUACGACAAAUCAACCGGCUUAUCCCGGGGAUCCGGCCACUGUUCUUAUUGAAAGCCCUCAGGCAUAUACAACCGUCACCACGUAUGUUGAUAGUCUGACUGCACCUCUGACUAUUACAAACCAACCAGCCAGUCCUGGGGAUCCUGCCACGGUUAUUAUUGAGAGCCCUCGGGCAUAUACGACUGUCACGACUUAUGUUAAUAGCUUAACUGCUCCUGUGACUACGACAAAUCAACCGGCUUAUCCCGGGGAUCCGGCCACUGUUCUUAUAGAAAGCCCUCAGCCCUAUACAACUGUCACGACUUAUGUUGAUGGCUUAACUGCUCCUAUGACCACGACGAACCAACCUGCUAAUCCUGGGGAUCCGGCCACUGUUCUUAUAGAGAGUCCUCAGGCAUACACGACUGUGACUAGUUAUGGCUCUUGGACUCAACCUCUUACUACAACAUUAUCCCCGACUGGUCCUGGAGGCUUGGCUACUGUUCUUGUAGAGAGUCCUCAGCUGUACACAACUGUUACCAGUUAUGGUCCCUAUACAGCAGCAGUAACAACCACCCUAGCACCGGCAUCUCCAGGUGGCGUUGCUAGUGUUGUAGUAGAACUGCCCCAGCCAUAUACGACUGUGACCAGUUAUGGUCCCUUUACAGCAGUAGUAACCACUACAAUGGCACCAGCAUCACAAGGUGGUGUAGCUACUGUUGUUGUGCAGUCACCCCAGCCUUAUACAACUGUAACUAGCUAUGGCAGCUUUACAGCAGCAUCAACUACUACAAUGGCACCUGCAUCCCGUGGCGGUGUAGCCACUGUUGUUGUACAAUCACCCCAGCCUUAUACGACUGUGACCAACUAUGGCAGCUUUACAGCAGCAUCAACCACUACAAUGGCACCAGCGUACCAAGGCGGUGUAGCCACUGUCGUCGUGGACUUACCUCAGCCCUAUACAACUACCACAAGCUGGGGUUCCUUCUCAACAGUUGGUACUACUACCUUGUCGCCAACCUCUCCGGGUGGCGUUGCUACUGUUGUUGUUCAACGACCCCAGUCCUAUACGACCGUCACAAGCUGGGGUACCUUCACAGCAGCUGGUACCACUACCUUAUCGCCAACAUCUCUUGGUGGCGUUGCUACCGUGGUUAUGCAAAAGCCUCAACCAUACACCACUGUAACUAGCUAUACCACUGUCUCAAGCAUCAGCACAUCCACUGGGACACCUGCUUCAGGCGGGCAGACUGCCACUGUAGUUGUCAUCGCUCCCGCAGUUGGAACAAAGGCUGCAGAUCAAACAUGUAGCAACGCUGGUCUGGAAUACGCUAUCUAUACCAACUCGUACUACAACGCUGAUCCGCCUAAUUACUCUGCCCUCAACGUAGCAUAUUUUGCCACAACUGCACCGACUUACAGUGGUAUUACGAGUUCCAUGGGCAUUACAGAACCAGGAGGAGUAAAAGCAGGAAACUCAGGCCCUGCUCAGGCUAUUUAUCCUGGCUCACCAAGUCAGACAUGGCAGUAUAAGGCUGUGAACCAUCGGGCAUUCUUAUAUGCGCCUAUCAAUGGUACUUACUCUGUUGUUGUCCCAUACUCCGAUGAGGUUACACUGGUUUGGUUUGGUAAUAAGGCUUUGUCAACAUGGACACGUGCCAAUGCAGAUCUGGAGCAGAAUUACUCAUCAGGGCCUUCCAGCUCUAAGACCCUCAAGAUGCAGCUGACAGCGGGUACUUACACGCCGUUCCGGGUUUUCUGGGCUAAUGCUCAGGGAGACUAUUCUAUGAUAGUAACUGUUACAGCUCCUGAUGGUACUGUAAUCGUUGAUGGCUCUGGGUCAUCGAGCAAAUACUUUGUUAGAUUUGCUUGUGAUUCUAGUACACCUACUUAUCCUGCAUUUGGACGUGGCGGUUAA